AUGAGCCUUGAAACUUUAGAGGAGUAUCCAUUGACCAGUGUGUACCGCAAGCCUGCGCUCAAGCCACUGGCUGUACCUGAAUUGUUGAUUUUCAUUCCUGGGAAUCCCGGGUUGGUCGAGUACUACAUCACCUACUUAGAGUUGAUCCAGCAGGCGCAUCCUACGUUUGAAAUAUACUGUAUUUCCCAUGCGGGCUACCAAACUACAGGCGACUACGUGAAGGAAGGAUCCAAGAAGUAUCCGGUUUACUCGUUGGAUUUCCAAGUCAAGCACAAGUGCAAAAUAAUUAAUGACAUUCUUCAUCAAAAGGGAGGUAAGGCCAAUUUGUAUAUAAUGGCCCAUUCGGUGGGGGCAUUCAUUGUACAAAGGGUGUUGAAGAUAUUGGAGGCAAACAGGGAUGUCCUCGUCAAGUUUGUGGGUUUGAUAUGUCCUACGGUGAUAAACAUAAAAGAGUCGACUUCGGGUCAAGUAUUGCUGAAGCUACUGACGUACUUACCAUUGGUUCAAUUGGGGUUGGUUUUCAGUUACGUCCUCGGUUUUUUGUUCAGCAACAAUGCUAUCAAGUGGAUGUUUCGGAAUUUUGUGUUUUCAAGUCCUAAAAGUGCUACUCGGAAUGCUGCAGAGGCAUUGGAAAACUCAGUAUCUGCGUCCGUGAAGUUGGUUACCUCGGGUCGAAUUGUCAAACAAACGUUGACAAUGGCAAUUGAAGAAAUGGAAAUGAUUUUGGAAGAUGAUGAGCUCAAUGACUGGUUUUUUCAGGAGUUAUCGGCUCAAGGGACCAAGAUAUGGACAUAUUUUGCAUUCACUGAUCAUUGGGUGCAUGAUAACACUAGAAAUUACAUCUUGUCAAAGUACCACGACGAGUCAAAUCCCAACCUUUCGUUUGAAUUGGGAGAUGUAGACGAUGGGAUUACACACAGUUUCUGUGUAGACCAGAGUGAAGAGUUCGCAGAAAUCACUUUGAAGAUGAUGAACCAGUUUUUGUAG